GGAGUUGUUGCUGUGGACGGAGAGACGGGGACGUGACCGGCCAUUGAGGGCGGCCAGGGUGCCGCUGAGCCCCCCCCCCCCCCAACUGCUCGGUGUGCGGGCUGAGCUUCGAGGGGCUGCGCUUCGAUUGAGCACCACAUGAUGGGGCACAACAAGGAGAAGCGUUAUGAGUGCGACGUGUGUGGCAAGGCUUGGCAGUACCCGAGUGAUCUGGAAAUCCACCGGCGGGUGCACACGGGAGAACGCCCCUUCACCUGCUCAGACUGCGGCAAGAGCUUCAAGAUGGCAAAUCAACUGGUGACCCACCGGCGGGUGCACACGGGCGAGAAGCCCUAUGGCUGCUCCACAUGCGGCAAGAGCUUCAAGUCGUCGCAAGAGCUGAAGCAGCACAGUCGCGUGCACACCGGGUAUCGGCCCUACAACUGCGCCCAGUGCGGCAAGGGCUUCACCUCCUCCGGCAACCUGAUGAAGCACCAGACCACCCACACCGGCGAGCGUCCCUACACCUGCGCCCAGUGCGGCAAGGGCUUCAGCCAGUCCGGCAACUUGCUGAUACACCAGCGCACCCACACCGGCGAGCGUCCCUACACCUGCGCCCAGUGCGGCAAGAGCUGCAGCCAGUCCGGCAACUUGCUGAUGCACCAGCGCACCCACACCGACGAGCGCCCCUACACCUGCGCCCAGUGCGGCAAGGGCUUCAAGUCGUCGCCAGAGCUGAAGCAGCACAGGCGCGUGCACACCAGGGAGCGGCCCUACACCUGUAACCAGUGCGGCAAGGGCUUCACCCAGUCCGGCAACCUGCUGUCCCACCAGCGCAUCCACACCGGCGAGCGCCCCUUCACCUGCACCCAGUGCGGCAAGGGCUUCACCCAGCCCUGCAGCCUGCUGAUGCACCAGCGCACCCACACCAGGGAGCGGCCCUACACCUGCAACCAGUGCGGCAAGGGCUUCACCCAGUCCGGCAACCUGCUGUCCCACCAGCGCAUCCACACCGGCGAGCGCCCCUUCACCUGCAGCCAGUGCGGCAAGGGCUUCACCAAGUCCUGCAGCCUGCUGAUGCACCAGCGCACCCACACCGGCGAGCGCCCCUACACCUGCGCCCAGUGCGGCAAGGGCUUCAAGUCGUCGCCAGAGCUGAAGCAGCACAGGCGCGUGCACACCGGGGAGCGGCCCUACAUCUGCGCCCAGUGCGGCAAGGGCUUCACCCGCUCCACCAUGCUGCUGUCCCACCAGCGGGUGCACACCGGCGACCCUCCCGUCCCCAACGCGGUGUGUGGAGAGCGUUUUGCC